AUGGUAAGCAUUGUUGAACAAGCAGCAGCGAGGAGAAGUAGAAGAAUUGCUGAGAGGAGAAGAGGUGAAAUUCCUGAACAGUUACAGAUGCAAGAAGGAAACGAUCAAAGAAAUGAAGUUCCAAUUGGACCUCAGCGUGAACCAGAACAAAACAAUGUCAUUGAUUAUGAUAGAGUAAAAAGGCGUAUAGAAGAUGAAGAACGUGUGAAUCUAAUACGUCAAAAUGAUGAUCUAAGAGAGGAAAACAUGAGAUUGCAAGAACAGAGAUCAAGGAGUACAACACGAACUGGUUCAAUAUCAAGGAAGAGUAGAAGUUCAUCAAGGCAAAGUAAAUCUAAUCGAAAAGAUAAUAGAGAAGUACAGCGUCUGAAUAAUAUUGAUGAAAACCAGCAAGCGUUACAAAAUAAAGGUGUUAGAAGGUAUGCAGAGCGAAGAUUUGUAGAUGACCGAUAUGAAUAUCCACGCCAAGGUAAUCGCACAAGAGCAAGAUUAAGAAAUAACAGACAAGAAAGUCCAGGUGAACGUCAUGGCACACAAUAUGAUCAAGAAAGUGAAGAAAAUUACCCAGAACAAGGGAUAAUGAUAUUACAAGGAAGAGAAAUGUUGAGAAAUCAAUAUGAACAAGAAGAGGAAGCUGACCGUGCAAGAGCUGAUAGAGAAAGACGUAGGAGGCGAAGAGAAGACGUUGAAGAAAGAGAGAUCCAAGAGGAUAUGCGUCAGAACAAUCGAGAUAAUAGAAUAAUCCAAGCAAUACUAAAAAGACCUAUGCAUCAAGAUUUGGACCAAACAAUGAGUGAAAAUAUUCUUAGAGAAAUGGCGGAAAUAAGAGAAAUGAUGAUGGCGCGAAAAUAUGAUGGAAGGAGAAAUUUGGACGAAGCAAUAGAAGAAGCAGGACAAACACCAAGACAAAAACAACUUGCAAUUAUACCUACCAAGUGUUGUUUACCUGUUUUCACUAACAUACUUGAUGAAAGUACGUGUGCGAUACAACAUAUAAGAGCAUAUAGCAGAUCUUUGUUGCAAUGGGAAGAAAAUGAUGCAGUAUUGUGUAAGUUAGAGCAUAUAUAG